AUGAUAAUACACUUCCUGUCACACAAGGCGAAUGCCCAAAGAGAAUGUGUUUCAGAUAUUGAUUGUGCUGCCCUUUAUCGACAAGGCUCGACUUGUCUUGCCUCUGGACAAUGCAGUAACCCAUUCAUUGACGGAUGCUUAAAAAGUAUGAAGCCACAAUCGGAAGACCAACGAAUACGGUUGUGCAAUUCAGAUGAUGAUACUGCUGAAGAGCGCAAUUGCCGAACGUCACCUUUGAACUACCCAGAGAUCCGAAUUCACAACCAGGAUUGGGAAGCUGCUAUAUUCUUUAGUUGGAUCAUACAGAUAUCUCUGAUGGAGUUUCUGGAUGUUCCUGUCACAAUUGGAGUAGGGAGGGACACACAAGAAUCAAGUUUUUACCAUAUUGAAAAUAAUCUGCCAUUUUCGUCCACAAGCUAUUCUUGGGACGGCAUUCGAAAGGCAAAUGAACUCGGUGGAAAUUGUCUCCUCACUGACGAGGACUGUGUCAAUCUUAUCACUGAUGUCUGGGCGUCUCAGGUUGAUGUCAUGGCGAAGGAAUACGCCGAUGGCCAGUUGGACAAUUCUGAUGGCAAUGGACAAGUUGAGAAACUAUCGUGGUGGGUUCCGAAAUAUACUGCAGUGCGAUAUCCCUUCACUGUCACCCACUUGGGAUUAUCACAAAACCAUCAUCGGGUUGCUGAAAUAUUCAAGCGGCCGACAGCGUGGGGAGAUUACUGCAAUGAGGUUUCGCCAAACAACUGUACUGUUCCGGACGGUGUAGCGGAGAUGUAUCCAAACCAAGACGAUGCGGGUAAAUACUUUGCUAGCGGAUACAUUGGACAUUUUCGAGCCACUGCUGAAAAUAACUGUACUGGUGUAGUCAACAACAAUACUUGCACUGGCCACGUAGUGGCUCCACCGUGUACCUGGAGCACCUUCAUCGAGACACAGACUUACUGGCUCGAUCUUGCCCUCAAAUCAAGCGGACCAAGCUAUGUGAAUGGGGGCUACACGUAUUCUGAAAUGAUUCAGAUAUGGAAUGCAGCCAAUGCUACACAGUCAGAUGUGAUGAUGCAAUGGGCUGAACCUGACACAGUGGUCGAAGUCUAUCGCAAUACGGGCGCAGAAUUUACAAAGGUUUACUUACCAACUCCAUCUCUUCAGUGCGAAGCAGCUCGGCCGACGACUGAAGAAAGAUGCAGCGAGGAUCCAGUUGUCCGACGAGGAACGAUGGCGGGCGCAUGCGACAACUCAGCUCAUAUUACAAAGAAGGCAAUUGCGAUAUCACUUAGGGACUCCACACUGGCAUUGCCUCCCGCUGAACAAAGUCCAGCAUAUUCCUUCAUUCAAAAUUUCAAUAUUGAUCAACUACACAUCAACGAAAUGCUGAGCCACUACGGGGCCGGGGGCAGAACAGGGUAUGCUGCACGAGAAGCAGUUUGUACCUGGAUAGCAAACAACACCGAAUACCUCCAACGUCUGAUGCCGCCGAAUCACCCAAAGGUUUUUCAGUCUCGUGAUGAGCAUGAAGAGAUUGCGACGAUUCUUGCUUAUUCUUUAGGCUUCGUCGCCCUGGUGUACAUACUCCUUUCCACUACGAUCACCUUCCGAAAACGGAAAACAGCCGUGUUUGUGUAUGCACAAGCUCAGUUUGUUUUCGUGAUACUCUUUGGCUUAUUGCUGGUUGCAGUAGGAGCGAUCUUGCAUGGAAUGGAACCAGACGACGUGAUAUGCUGUUCGCGAAUAGGGCUAGUCAGCUUGGGGUACACCUUCCAGUUGGUGGCGCUGAUUGUCAAGGUAACGGCAUUGAAUGGCUCAAUGAAGGCGUCGCAACAAAGGCGUCGGGUGAAAAUCAAUCCCAGUCAACUGUACACGAGUGUGAUGAUACUGUCUUUGCUUCUUGGAUUCUACUUGAUCAUCUGGAUGGCGGUGGACCCUCCCAAGUCUACCGAAAUCUGGACGCAAGAACCGGAUUCGAUUACUGUCACGUCACAUUUUGGCUGUCGUUCCGAGUCUCAAUACUGGCAUACUGCAUACAUUGUGUGGGAGGGUAUGCUGGUUUUGUGGGCAUCGGCUGUCGCAUUUCAGACUCGCCACAUCGAAGGUGAAUUCAACGAAUCCACGAGCCUGGGAAUGAUGAGCUACUCGCACUUUGUCUUUUUGAUGAUUCGCGUGAUGGUAUCCGUCGUGUUUGAAGGUGAGGACCACACAAGAUCACUCGCCACCAGUGUUCUACUGAGUGUCGAUAUCAUCGCAGCCAUUACGAUAUAUCUUGUACCAAAGAUGGUGUCAAGUGGCUGCUCCAUACAAGAGCUUGGAAGCCGCUCGCGCCUUUCCUUCAGCGGUUCUUUUCAAGCUGUUGUUGGCACAAAUAUGCCUCUAGUACCGAUCACCGAGAAGCCUCAAAGAUUCACUUCUGGGGCAACUGCUUCUAUGUCUUCUUUCUCGGGAAUGGAUCGCAUUUCAAUGUUGUCUGGAGCAGAGGAGACAGAAUCACAUGCUGCUGGCGGGGAAGAAAGUAAGGCAAACCCAAAGUCUCCAUCGGGCGGCAAUGGUCUCCAUGGAAAACAGGCUGCCUUGAAUCAAAUGCACCCGAGAUCUUCCGUGAGUCACUGGGCGACUGGUGGCAGCACUGAGUCUUUGAAUACAUCUAAUGGUGGCUCUCCGAUUGUUGCCACCCAACAACGCAAGCAGCAGGUCAACAAUCACAAGCCCACACCAGCAACAGACAAUGGUCAAGCAAUGGCUGCGCUCAAGCAACAAAUUUGGCAACUAAAGAAAUCAUUGGUUCGAAAAGACGAAGAGAACGAAGAUCUUCAACAAAUGAUACUGUUCUUGCAGGACACUCAAACGGCUCAAGAAGAAGAAAUACAAAGGCUGUCUGUUAUGAAUACAUGA